AAAUCCAUGUGGACAGCAAGAAUAUACUACAAUGCAAAGAUGAACAGCAGAACAUCACUGAAAAAGAUGCCCUUGGUGAAAGGACCAGCCUAUUUGAUCCAUCUGUGGAAUACAAAAUGAAACACAAGAGAAGAGGACUUGCUUUGAUCUUCAAUCAUGAGAGGUUUUGCAAGUGCUUGGAGUUACCAGAAAGACGUGGUACUUAUGCUGACCGAGAUAAUCUGAACCGCAGGUUGACUGAACUUGGAUUUGAAGUGAGAUGUUUUGAUGACCUUAGGAAAAAAGAAAUAAAGGAAAAAAUUUCUAAUG